CCUCUUUACUCGAGUGCUCCUUGCGAUAUUGAGCAGUAAUCUCUUCGCCUCCAGCAGACACCAAUUGCUGCUGCCCGACCAAACAACUCUCUCGGCAGUAAAUCGCAACCAUGGCACCCGCAAGGUCAUUGCUGCAGUAUGUCUGCAGCAUCGUUCUCCUAAUUUCUUCUGUACACGCUCUCAAGUUCGACCUCAUAGCACAGAACCAACACGACCGAAAGCCCGAGCGAUGUAUACGGAAUUUUGUGGCUAAAGACACGCUCGUUGUCGUGACUGCGAUUGUGGGCGGUCAGAAGAGGGAUGGCAUGACGGUCAACAUGAACAUCAAGGAUGCCGUUGGAAAUGAGUACGGCCGUGGGAAAGAUAUUGUGGGCGAGCACCGUCAAGUGUUUACCUCGCAUGCCGACGCUGCUUUUGACGUGUGCUUCGAGAACCUGCGAUCGGGCACCGGCCGACCCCCAGCUGAUGCUACGCGCCAUGUGGAGCUCGACAUUGAUAUUGGCGCUGAUGCCAAGGACUGGUCCGCCAUCCAGGCCAACGAGAAGCUGAAGCCCCUCGAGGCCGAACUCCGCCGUGUUGAGGAGAUGAUUCAGGAAAUCGUGAGCGAGAUGGACUACCUGCGAAGCCGAGAACAGAAGCUGCGCGACACCAACGAGAGCACAAACACACGAGUCAAGUGGUUCGGCAUUGGCACGACGAUGCUACUUAUUGGACUCUGGGGUUGGCAGAUCAUGUACCUCAGGGCUUACUUCAGGUCGAAGCAUCUGAUUUAAGGGGCAGGGAGCACGACAUAUUCGGGUAGGACUUGGCGAGAGAAUCCAUCAUGUGGGGGCAACGAACCAACCAUGAGCUGCGGCUUCGAGUACGGAUGAGUAUCGAGCAGGCAAUCUCGGAGUUGUGCAUGGAAAUGAGAUGGCAUGCGUGUAUGCAUAAUCUGUAUAGGCGUCCCAUGGCAUUACGGAGUUGAAAGAAAUAUCAAAACGGGCAAUGACUGAUAGGAAAGGGGCAUUUUCAGUAUUCAGAAUGUUUCAUUAGUGAUCUCUAAAUGAUGUGAAAGAGUUAUAACUGGAUUGAUGCCAUCAAUCAACAUUUUCGAGGCAGCAUAUCUUUGAAACAAAUCUCAAUUACACAGA